GCCUCAGCCUCCUGAGUAGCUGGGACUACAGGCGCCCGCCACCACGCCCGGCUAAUUUUUUGUAUUUUUAGUAGAGACAGGGUUUUACCGUGUUCGCCAAGAUGGUCUCGAUCUCCUGACCUCUUCGUCCGCCCGCCUUGGCCUCCCAAAGUGCUGGGAUUAGAGGCGUGAGCCACCGCGCCCGGCCGGUCCACUAAUUCUUUUAAACUCUGUAAGGCAUUUUUUUUUUUCCUGUUUAAAUAUAUAUCGACAUUAGAUAGCUUUGGCUGUGGCAAAGAGGACCUGCUAUUGUAGGUCUGUGGGCUGGCAGUGACUGGGCUGGGCUCAUCUGAGAUUGGCGGGGCUCGGCUCUGUGCCAUGUACUGUCUCAUUCCGGAACAUGAACGGAAGGCGGGGUCGCUGUUGGGCAUGCUGUUCUCAGGAGGGCAAGCAAAGCUCUGGGGCACUGCUUCUGAAAGCCUCUGCUCACAAUCGGCAGCUGACACCUGCACACAAUCUCCACUGUUGCAAGAUGUCCCUCUUCAUGGAGAGCUGCCUGAAGCUGAGAGGGGUGCGAUGGACCUGAAGGCUGCACAGCGCCGGGUCUUACCCAAGGCUCAAGGUGACCGCUGCCUGGUUUCUGCUGGUGUUUAUUCAAAGCCUAAGGGCUCUCCAGUCAGCAGGUGGUGAAUCUAGUCAGACAUGUGUCCUACGCUUCAGGGCAAUGAGCUUCCCCUCAGCCUAAG